AUGAAGCUUGCUACCCUCGCUCCUUUGGCUAUCGCCUUGGCAUCCACCACCUUCGCAUGGAUCGUGAAUGACUACGCGGACGUAACAGACUGCAACAUUAUCAACACAAACGCAGUCUUCCGGUCAUACGAAGGGACCGAUUCCAAUGCAUGCCACAACUUUGGUGCAGGCGAGUCCGGCUCUACUUGUUCGCAGCAUACCAUGGAAGUAGAGGAAAACUGCACGGAUGACUUGCUUAUUUCUGGGAGUGUCCUCGUUCGAGACUCCCCUCAGUGCGAGUUCUUCACCGCGAGUGACUGUGCGGGAUCUGCUCGUGUUAUUGCGUCUGGAAAUUGCCUGACUGGCGAAUACGCUUCUUUCUCUUGCGUAAGUGAGCUUCUACUCGAGAGUGUAAGUCGAUGA